AUGAACGCGGCUAAGGAUGAGAUCGAGGUGAACGUGGUGUCGUCGCCGGAAUCGGGCAGCCGGAACAGCACUCCGGAACCGGACCAAAUAGUACGGGGUGGCUUUAAAGUGACGUCGUUUGUGAGCGGCGGCGCGGAAGAACAAACCACGGGCGAUGACAUGUCGAGGACGGCUCAAAAGUUGUCCGGAAGCUCGACCAAUUUCUCGAUAUCGAGCAUACUGUCGAGGACAGAGCCGCCUGCCAAGAAGCAUGUUUUCGGAGCGCGAAGACCAAAUGAGGCCGCAGUUAAUUCUAAUUUGGAUCGGGCAAUGUUGCAAUGAUUGGGGAUAAUGUCACACUUCGGUGCCUUGGCGGCGGCUUCCAGUAGAUACGCGGCACUUUGCGGUGGGGCUACAGAUCCGAGAACUUUGCCCUGGUAUUGGGGAAGAUUAUCGGGUCAGAUGUCCCAGGAAAAACACGGCUCUUCAGAUUGUACGACGGGCGAGGACCAGUCCCCGCCCCCCUCGCCAGGGGGCUUGAACGCCCGCCCCACGUCAGCGGGACACAACACCAACGACACCAGGACGUCUCGGCCGUCGUCACCAACGGACCUGGUGAGAUCGACCACCAGUUCUCCUACACCGUUGAUGACGUCGACGCAUCAUCCGGCUUACAUGGACCAAAACUACCCACGCUCGAAGAGCCCUUCGUAUCGGGAGUCCGAUCACAUGGUGAUAGACGAAGAGAUGGACGAAGACGAGAGCGACUACGACAACGACAAAGAGAAGAAGGUGCAAGAGCCCAGCAUGAGCCCGGGCAGUUCUAUGUCGAACAAGAGGAAAAAGAAGACGAGGACGGUGUUCUCGAGAUCGCAAGUCUUCCAGCUGGAGUCGACAUUCGACAUGAAACGGUACCUGUCUUCGUCGGAAAGGGCGGGCCUAGCUGCUAGUCUCCACCUCACCGAGACCCAGGUGAAGAUCUGGUUCCAGAACCGACGCAACAAGUGGAAACGUCAACUAGCCGCGGAGUUGGAGGCCGCCAACAUGGCGCACGCUGCCCAAAGACUCGUCCGGGUGCCCAUAUUGUACCACGAGUCGAACGUCAGACACCCGUUCGAGCAGAGCCACGCGGCUGCGUUAGGCCUGCACCACACCGGGCUGGAAAACAGAGACGGCGGCGGCGCGGCGAGCGCCAACUCAUCCGUCGUGACGUCAGCAGCGUACCCGAGUUCGCUCUACUACCACCAGGCGGCGGUAGCGGCGGCGGUCCACAAUUUACCUUCGAGUCCUGUGAACAGGCCGCCAAUGUCCGGCCUAGUCUGA